AGAGAGAACCAGGGGCAUGCUAAGGGAGGGGCGUUGGCGAUCCCUGUCUGUGGGUUUGCGAGGGUGAAGCUCAGAGUGAGAGGGAGACGAGCCAUGCUUGUGUGAGGGCGUGUGCGUGAUGUGCGCUGGACUCUGUGAACCCGUGUGACGGUGUGUCUGUCGGAGGCGUUCCUGGAGCUGCUAGAGAGGGGACUCGCCUCAGCGCCUCCUCUGUGCUGUCAUGCUCAGCAUUGCUGAUGUGCACUGAGGACACGGGUGACCCAGGAGACAGAGAGAGGGACGUGAUGGACGGACAUCCACCUGGACUCCUGCUGGUUUCGCCUCCUGAUCCCCUCUGGCCCGCAUCACUGAGGCUGCCCGCCUCCCUGCGCUCUGUGAACGGAUGCUGCUGUCUUCACACAUGUGAGCCCUGCACUGGGAGCCCAUGAUCUCUACUGGACUGUGUUCUGCUCUGGGAGUGGCAUGCUGCUUGGAUGAAUUUUUGACGAUUUUUCAUUUUACGGCAGUUCUUUCUGUCUUUCUUGAUGAUGAAUUAUGCAAGGACACCAUUGUUAUAAUGUAAAAGGAGAAUUUUGGAGCCAGUGAAGAGGAUGGACUGAGCCGAGGGGUGCAACCCAGGAAAACAAGGCUGAGUAAACCAUCAGGGGUGAAAAUUUAUGGUCCUCGAUAGCUGCAUACAGUUUGUGUGUCUCCUAAAGAACAAAAGAGCUGUUUGGUCAGGAUUGUCAGAACGCUCAAGGUUGUCAGGAGGACAGAAUUUCAUUUUAAUGUUGCAAAGAAAUAAAAAUCAAAUUCAGUCUGUGACUGAAACAACAAAACCUAAGAUUGGUGAUCUGGGUGAAACCAGCAUCGCCUCUGCUGUCAAGUCUUCCAAGGGGAAACUUUGUCUCCCUCUCCAUGAGUUCUUGUCAAAGUGGCAAACGUGUUGAUGUUUUUCUGCUUGGUUUCAUUCGCCCACUGUGAGUCCACUGAAGCCUGACCACAUGAGUGGAGGCAGCACUCUGCAGCAACGCACCACCUACCUCAUCUCCCUCACCUUGGUCAAGGUAGAGGCUGUAGAUGAGGAUGGAGGGGAGGCCAAGAAAAGUUCCCAAGAGAAGGGGGUUGAGGUUGGAGAAGAAGGGAGACCAGGGGGUGGGACGGAGGCUGAAGUUGAAGCCCCCCUAAGGGCCGAGAACGGAGCUGGGGUUGUUGGACAACCACACGGAGCUCAUGAUGCUGAAGCAGUGAAAGAAGGCUCUGAUUCCCUUCAAGGUGAAGAAAGGGACUCUCCCAGUCCUCGAACAGAUAAAAGAGUCCCCAAUGUUGAGGCUGCAAGAAAAGGUGGAGAAAAGCCUCCAUCCAUCCUGUCAAUCCCCUCACCUGCUCAAGGGCCAACAGUUCAAAAGACCAAAUCUGCAGAUGAUGUGGAGGAAUCGGGUCCUAUUACUGAAGCAAAAUGCAGGUCUCCAUCACUGAUCCCACCACCACCCAUGGAGCUGGUCGAGCCCAGCCGCACUCCAACCAGAACCAGCCUUCCCAUCCGUCCAGCGGGACAGCGACCUGUGAGUCUGCUGAAGUCUCACAGCAGCGUGACCACGCGUGGCAGGGACUUCAGGGAGGGUCGGGACCGUAGCCCUACCUCAGCGCAGAGUCUCGAUCGCAAGGACUGCCGCAUGACAACACGCUCGCCGGGCCCAUGCAGAGCCUCCUGGGCGGAGGCGAGCCGGCCCGAAGGAUGGAGGGACCUGCAGGAUGAGAAUGAAGCUGCACUGGCCUUUGAUAUUGGAGGUGGUGUGUCUGCAGUGAUGAGAGACAAUCCUCGGAAGGAAAGACUGAAGACAGCCUCAACAUCCCUACCUGUACCUGCCACCAAGGUCUCCAAACCAGCACGCAAAGGUAAAAGCCACACGCUGGAUAACAGCGACCUGAACAGCCUCUCUGAGGACCUGGGGCUGGCCCAGCAAGCCCAGCACAACCAGAGAGGUUCUGCUAAGGACAGGAAAAUGCUGAAGUUCAUCAGUGGCAUUUUCAAUAAGAGUAGUUCUGGGACAGCUGGGUUGUCCUCCACAGCACCCCCUGUCUACAUACAGAGAGACUCCAGUGAGGAGGAAGUACAAAUAGCCAACAGUCAGGAGUGGACACUGAGCAGAUCCAUCCCUGAGCUGAGACUGGGCAUUCUGGGAAGUUUGAACAGUGGCAGGUCAGCGCUGGUGAACAAAUACAUCACAGGCAGUUAUGUUGCAGCUGACAAACGUGAUGGUGGACGGUAUAAAAAAGACGUUCUGGUGGAUGGUCAGAGUCAUUUAUUACUGAUCCGGGAGGAACCUGGAUCACCUGAUACACAGUUCUGCAGCUGGGCUGAUGCAGUGAUCCUGGUCUUCAGUCUGGAGAAUGAGGCCAGUUUCCAGGAGUUGUACCAGCUCUACAGCCAGCUCAGCAUACAUCGCUCAGAUAUUCCAGUCAUCGUUGUGGGCACUCAAGAUAAAAUCAGCAACACCAACCCUCGUGUGAUUGAAGAUCAGAGAGCCAGACAGCUAUGUAUCGAUGUGCGACACUCCCUGUUCUACGAGACCUGCGCCACCUACGGGUUCAACGUCGACAGAGUGUUUUCAGAGGCUGCCCAGAAGAUCGUAGCACAGAGAAAACAGGCAGCACUGCUGGCCUGCAAAUCUCUGCCCAAUUCCCCCAGUCACUCUGGAGGCUCCACACCUGGAUCAGCAUCAUUCCCUGGACAGGCCAGUAAUGGCCCCAGUAGCAGCUACGCCUCGCUCCCCUCCACCCCCGUGGUGAGUCACAGAGAGCUGCGAGCUGCUCAGGUGGAGGGGGGAGGCAGCACCAACUCACGGCUGCAGAAAAGCAUUCCCAGGCGACCCUCCCUGUUUAAGAAUCGAGACUCUGAUAAGAAAACAAGUGACUCUAAAGCUGACCUGAGCAGCAUGCGUGGGGCUCCAAUCAAACAGGCCAUCCUGUGGAAGAGAAGUGGAAGCUCUCUGAAUAAAGAGUGGAAGAAGAAAUACGUCACCCUGUCGAACAACGGCACGCUGUCUUAUCACUCCAGCUCCAGUGACUAUACGCAGAAUACUCACAGGAAAGAGAUCGACCUGCUGCGUGUGACAGUUAAAGUUCCAGGGAAACGUCCUCCUAGAGCCGUGGCUCCCUCAGGCCCCUCACCUACCCCCCAUGUUGCUGUACCUGGAGUUAACGGGCUCAGCAAGGAGACAACAGUGGCUGACAUCACCAGCACAGUUCCUCAGCUGUGUCCAGCCACUCUCUCUGUGGCUGAUGACCGCUCCGGUGGUUUGUCUCAUCAGGGAGGUGAUAAAGGACUUCAGCGUUGUCCCUCUUCAUUGUCCACUGAAGCACAAAGUGUUGACGGUCUGGAAGGGACCGCUGGUACCUUUACUGGAAAAGAUCCAGGCCAGUCGUCACCCAUGAGCGACAGGAAGAAGAACCGAAGGAAGAAGAGCAUGAAUCAGAAAGGAGAUACAGCUGUCGGACAAGCUGAGGCCAAACGCAAAAUGUGGAAAUUAAAGAGCUUUGGUAGCUUGAGAAACAUUAAUAAGACAGAUGAAGAGAAUGCAGAUUUUAUUAUAAUUUCAUUUACUGGACAAACUUGGCACUUUGAGGCUCAGAGCAUGGAGGAAAGGGACUCGUGGGUGUCGGCCAUAGAGAGCCAGAUCCUGGCGAGCUUGCAGUCCUGUGAGAGUGGCAGAAACAAGGCCCGGAGGAGCAGUCAGAGUGAGGCUGUAGCCCUGCAGGGCAUCAGAAACACCAAAGGCAACAGUCUGUGUGUGGACUGUGAAGCUCCCAGUCCCACCUGGGCCAGUCUCAACCUGGGAGCUCUCAUCUGCAUCGAAUGUUCAGGGAUCCACCGAAACCUGGGCACCCAUCUGUCACGUGUUCGCUCUCUGGACCUGGACGACUGGCCUGGAGAGCUCACACAGGUUCUGGCUGCCAUUGGAAAUCACAUGGCCAACAGCAUCUGGGAGAGUUGCACUCAGGGCCGGACCAAACCCACACCCAACGCAACACGAGAGGAAAGGGAGUCCUGGAUUCGAGCUAAGUAUGAACAGCGUGCAUUUGUGGCUCCUCUUCAGCCAGCCUCAGGGACCAAGCUGUUAGAUGAAAGCAUGCCAGUGUGGCUGCUGUCUGCAGUGACUGAGAGGGAUCUACCCAGGCUGCUGCUUCUCCUGGCCCACAGCACUAAGGAACAAAUCAACACCCAGCCGACCGGGUCGUCUGCACUGAGUCGCACGGCUCUGCACGCUGCCUGCCAGCUGGGAGACGUGGUCAUGACCCAGCUGCUCAUCUGGUAUGGAAUCGAUGUUAAAGCAAAGGACAGCCAAGGCCAGACACCCGUGAUGAUAGCCAGAAAAACUGGAAGCAAAGGCUGCAUCGACAUUUUGCUCCAACACGGAGGCUCUAACGAUGCGUCUCCCACCGCUGCCACCCCGGUCCUCUCUCGCCGCUCCAGCACUGCCAGCCUGGGCCGAACCAGCUCCAGGAAGCGGGUGACAUAAUGUGGGCUGCUGUCACGUUGGGGCUGGAUGCCUGGAGGACCCAUGAAAAUCCUGAAAACACUGAGCAGUGGGUGGGAGAAAAAAGACUUCUAUAGUAUAUAAGAAAUAAAACGUUGUUUCUGAAGACUGAAGAGCACGUUACCCAACGUCAAAGCAAUAUUCCUCCAGUGAGUCGAUGAGCAACAUUUUGCUGUCUGGUAGACCUGUAGCACUCUUCUGUAACAUUUAAAGCUCCCACUCUGUCUGCUUCUUCCCCACUUCCUCCUGAAGAAGUGCAAUAAUCAGCUACGAUGAAGAAAAGCAACAAUGUUAUCAUGAACGCUCACCUCAACAAACAUCAAAGAGAUGUUUUUAUUCAGAUUUGUUGUGACAGGACCAAAAAGGCAGCUUCGUUUUCCUCUUUUGGCUUUAAAAUUACAUUAUGUCAUUUUAUUUUUGGGGGUGGGGUGGGGGGUUGGGGGGGGGGGGGGGGGGGGUCCUGCCAGUUUGGCCAGUCUAAACAGUUUAACUGUAUUAAAGCACCUGAAAAAAUAAAUAUGGGUAAACUAGAGAAGAGUGGUUUUGAAGAUGAAAUAUAAAGAGUCUGUGUUAUUAUCAGGAGUCCAAAGUGACAUUUUAAUAUUCUGUACAUGUAAAACAUACGUGAAGUUCAAAGACAUGCGGUUUUUCUGUGGUUUCUUACUGGUGGUUUUAAAAUUCUGUCAUGCUUGUUUUGUCAUUGUCUUUUAUUGUUUCUAAAAGCCCUACAUACAGUGACCGCACACAUCUGGCAUCGCUGAGAGACUACAUGAAGAUGGUGCUCAUAUUACUGCUGUGUCAUUAUUACAACAGACGCUCUACUGAUUGUGUGAAUCCCUCAUUAAAAGAACAAAAAACUCACCAGAAUAAAGACAUUUUGUAUUAGCAUCAA